AGCCAUAUUUGAAAAGUGGUGAGUGAAUUCCUCUCUCUUCUCAAGAAAGCGUAAAAUAUACACUCUCAAGGUCACCUGGGUUCUAAUUUAGGUGUACGAGCUUUGUUAACGAUAACUAGUAUCCGAUUGUGUCAACUCAACGUUGAACCGUAGCCAUCAAUAUGCAGAACGACGCUGGUGAAUUCGUGGACCUUUACGUCCCCCGCAAAUGCUCCGCAAGCAACAGAAUCAUCGGUGCCAAGGACCACGCCUCCAUCCAGAUCAACAUCGCUGAUGUUGACAAGGCCACCGGCAGGUUUAACGGUCAGUUCAAGACCUACGCCAUCUGUGGAGCCAUCCGUAGAAUGGGUGAGGCUGAUGACUCCCUUCUGAGGCUGGCAAAGACCGAUGGUGUUGUAUCAAAGAACUACUAAGUACGGAUAUGGAUCGCUGAAGUGUCUUUGUACAAUAAAAAAGAAAAAGGACAAAAAAUGA